AUGAGUAUUGGUUCACAAGAUGCCGUAAGAGGUACUGCUGGACCAGAAGUUGAAGUCCUUGACAACAUUUGUCAUAACAAAGAAGUACAAAAAAAUAAGGAAGGUAAGGCAAAGAGAGGUGCGGAAGCAUCUGCAAAAUCGUGGACACAAGACGAAGAUGUGUUGCUUUGUCGAGCUUUCUGCACUAUCUCGAGUGAUCCGAUUGUUGGGGCUCAACAGAGUUCAGAUGGCUUUUGGAGGUUUCGAGCUGACCAGAGGAGUGGCGAAAAUGAUGCUAUUGUGUUGCAAAAUGCAUUAAUGGAGUGGAAUAGUGAUGGUAAGAGGAAAGGAGCCUUCAAAUGGCUCUAUUGUUGGGAAAUUCUAAAAAAUAGUCCUAAGUUUCAAAGGUCAUCAACGACAAGUCGGGAAGGAAAAAUGUCUAGAAUGUUUGAAUCGGGAGAUCACACAUCUGGAACUGCCCAAGAUUUGGAGCAGGAUUGUGAUGAUGAUGAGAGAUAUGUGCGUCGCCCAAUUGGUCAAAAGGCAGCAAAUGCAGGGAAGAGAAAGGUAAAAUGUAGCAUGAGAAGUAACACUGAUCAGAAAGCUGUACGUAUGAUGGAAGUCUUUGGACAUAUUAAGGAUAUACAUGAAAAACAACAUAAUGAACGUAAAAAUUUGGUUCGUAUGGAGUCUUGGAAGGCCUAUCGAGAAAUGCUAAAGGAGGACAUUUCAACAAUGAGUGAAGAAGAAUUAGAAGCUCACUACGUGCUUCUUGCUGAACUGAAAGAGGAAUUGGGCCUCAAUUAA